AUGCAAGUGCCUGAUGAGGCUGAAAAAUCCCGCAGCGCUGAAGCUUCGCUUCAGGGGGAGCUUGAAGAGCUGAUAGGAGGCGUUGUGAUGGCGGCAAAGAUGGCAGAUGUUGAGGGACUGGAGCCAAGGAUGAUAGGCAAGGUGAAGAAAAGGCCGGAGUGGCCACGCUGGGAAGAGGUGAUCACAGAGGAACUGCGCGCUCUUGAGGCACACGGUAUGUGGCGUCUUGAGAAGGCACCUACAGGUGCAAAUGUUGUCAGUUAUCGUUGGGUCUUUGCUGCGAAGAAGGAUGCCGCCGGGAAUGUUUACAGGUAUCGUGCGAGGCUUGUUGCUCGCAGAUUCUUGCAGAUUCCCAGUGUCAAUUUUUUCGAUACCUAUGCACCUGUUGCCAAGACGGCAUCCAUCCGUGUCACGCUCGCGUUCGCUGCUCGUCACGAUUUUGAGGUCCACCAGAUCGAUGUGAAGAGUGCCUAUCUUCAUGGUGAGUUUGAGAAGAACGAGGUUAUUUACAUGAGCCUACCUCCUGGGACAAACCUCACAAAAGAGCCUGGGAUAGUGCUGUGA